AUCCAUUAUGAUUUUGUUCUUGGACACAUUGAUUCAAAGUUGGGUAAAAGUUGUUUGAUGAUGUGAAUCGUGACAGGUGUUUAUGCAGAAGCAGCCAAUGGAAAGCCCUAGUUUUGUAGGUGUACCUUGUCCUUGCACUUCUCCUUUUCUCUGAGAAAGUGCGCAGUAGUCUUUAUAUAUACGGCGAUCGUGUGACGGACCAACAUCUUCUGCUGGAUUAUCGGCUCUUCUCUGGACUCUAGAAAUGAUGCUCAUCUUUGGACUGAUGCUGCUGCUGCUGAAAAUUGCUGCAAGUGUGGAGCGGUUCUGCUGGUUUAAUCAGUCUGGUCCCUGUAACGUUGUUCUCGGAGACAAACUCAGUCUGAUGAUGACGCUGGACGCUAGUAAAAAUGACCUGAGGAUACACAAGAGAAUCUACAACACAUCAGAUGAUCCAUUUUGUAAAAUAAAGAAUGACAGGAUAAAUGAGGAGGAAUGUGAUCUCUUUAAAAACACACUUGAUGAAGUGUCAGUCAAUAAUGGGAUUCUGGUAAUAAACCCUGUGAUCAGAGCAGAUUCAGGGAUUUACAGAUUACAAGUCUUUAACUCACAAGGCGUAGAAAUACUUAAAGCAGAUCUUCAAGUGAUUGUUGAAGAUGUGAAGUUUACCUGCAGUUUUGAUCAGUCUGUUCCCUGUUCCGUUGCUCUCGGAGACGAACUCAGACUGAAGUUGGCGGAUCCUAGUAAAAAUGACCUGAGGAUACACAAGAGAAUCUACAACACACCAGAAGAUCCAGUUUGUAGAAUAAAGAAUGACAGGAUAAAUGAGGAGGAAUGUGAUCUCUUUAAAAACAGACCUGUGUCAGUCAGUAAUGGGAUUCUGGUAAUAAACGCUGUGGUCGGAGCAGAUUCAGGGAUUUACAGUUUACAAGUCUUUAAGUCGACCGGCAAAGAAAUAUUUAACGCAGAUCUUCAAGUGAUUGUUGAAGUGUCUGUGUUGUGUUCAGAGGGUCCAUCAUCUCUAGUGCAUGUGCUGGUCUGGAGUUUUCAGAUGGUGGUUCUGUUGGGUCUGUUAGGAGGUUUUCACGUCUACAUGAGACUCACAUCAGGAAAGAAAGAAGAAGAUCAAAGUGUGCGAAUGAGAAGAUUUAGAGAAGGACAUGAAGACACAGCAGAAGAUGGAAGAGACCAGCAGCAGAUCUCAUCACAUCAAUGAGGAAUCACUUUCACAUCCGUCCCGCAGUCAUUUUACACAUCAUUUAUUUCACAUAUCAGCUCUUGGUAUUUUAAUAUAAUAAGCCGAUCAGUUUCGCUCCCCUUCUGACGUAUGAAAAGGACGUAAAUCUGCACGUUUGCAACCCAGCGCCGCCAUUUUGUUUUCACAAGAGACAACAGUGAUCAGUUCUAACGCAAUGGUAAAAGUUCCAGCAAAGCAUGAAACUGUUCUGUUCUGGAAAGGUGUACACUUGUGUAAAUGUUCACCAUGAUGAUGAGAUGAUCCGUGUAACUCCACAACAACUACACACACGUCUCCAGUCCACUAACCAUUCAGAAACGUUGUUAAUAAACUGUUGUUGCGAGUUGGUUAAAGGUUUGACAUAUCGGAUAAAUAGCAAUUUAUGCAAGUUUGUCAAUAUGAUUUAGCAGGUCUCAGGACUGCAUUUGGGCUUUUGAAAAUUAUUUUUUAUUCAGAAAUGACCAUUUAGGCCAUUUCAACCAUUCCCCUCCACAUUUGAAUGAAUCGUUUUUGUUAUUGCAUCAGGAAAUAAAACUACACAAAUCAUAUGUCAAUAAAUGUCAGAGGAUAAUAUUUCUUUUUCUCAUCCCAGA